AUGUCUAUGAUCCCGCUGUUCCUGAUACUAUUCUGUGGUUUCGCACUGUCCGCGGAAACAGAGGAAUCGAAGCAAAGCAAACGGGGCAUUCUCGAUACCGGCGGAUGGGUCGGUAUACCAAAUCCAUAUGGAUACGGGCAUGGACACCCAUGGGCAACGGGACAACCUUGGAAAGGACUCAAAUACCCUCCUUUUGAUUUGGGACACGGAGGAUUAUAUGGCGGUCUAUCGUACGGCAGAGCACCAGCUAUUCCUUUCACGUUCGGAAGGACUGAUUUGUUGAAGACAUUUCCGGUGUACAUAACGAAACACGUGGUCCUAGAGAAGCCAGUGCCCGUUCCUGCGCCGGUUUACAUCGAGAAACCGUACCACGUGCCCGUCGAAAAGGUGAUCACUGUACCGAUCGAGAAGAUCAUACAUAAACCAAUUCCUGUUCCUGUUCCGGUACCAGAGGCAAUACCGAUACCUAUAGAACGACCGGUGCCGGUACCAGUGAAGCACCCUGUGGCGGUGCCGGUGCAUCAACCGUAUCCAGUCCCGGUGAAGCAAGGAUUUCCAGUACCGGUUCCGGUACCAUUUCCGGUUGCUGUACCCCCACCACUAUCCGUCUACGGUCCUGGACCGCUUCCUGGUGGUUACUACGGUCGAGGUUAUGGCCCCGGUCAGUUCUAUCCGUCGUUCCACGGUCCACCGUUCCCAGGACACUUCGUUCACGGAUUUGCUGGUGGUUUCGAGCACGGAUUUGGCGGUCACGACUUUGCCCAUGGCCAUGGCCACGGUUUUGGACACGCACAUGGACCCCUACACGGGCAUGGACAUGAUCACAAGAAACGAAGCGAAAAUUGAAAGUAAGACUCGCAGCGCAGAGAUACGCUCUCCCCGCAAGAAGGUAACCUUGAACUUUCAACUACUCGAGCCUGGAGACUCGGACACUGAACUUUGUUUCGUUGUUUACAAUUUAUUUGAACACCUCAAGCCAGCAUUUGUUCCGCGAUUGUUAUCGAACACCGUGGCACUUGAUCGUGCACGUUGUUGGAAAUUAAUUUCUUUAAAGCUAUUAAAGAUACAAGCUCGAAUCUCAACCAACGAUCAGAUAUGUCGAUUUAUUAAAAUUAAACCG